AUGCCAGUCAAAGGGCGGCUGCCACACGGUGCAUUCCAAAAGCUAUGUACAGUGUAUGGCUGCCAUUGGCGUACUGUAUCUCGCAUUUGGACACGAGCUGUGGACUCUCUUGCUCAAGGCGCCGGCAUCGCCGACACCGCCGCCAAAAUCGUCGGUAACUCUGGACGAAAACUGACACGACGACACGACGACAUCGAGGCGGCCAUUCGUUCCGUUCCCCACCACCAGCGCCAGACACUGAGGUCCGUCGCGGCACACUCUGGCAUCCCCAAGACGUCCAUCGUGCGGCACAUGAAAGCCGUUACGCGGCUCAAGGCCCGCUCAAGCUACGUCAAGCCCUACCUCACCGAAGCCAACCAGCAUUUGCAUAAGAUUAUUGAUGGUUAA